AUGGUCGAUCUGUUGAUUUCCCUGUUAGUACUUGUGCUGCUCGGCUUUGCUUUGGUUGCUACCCUGCUCGUGCUGCGCCGCAAGCGGCGCAACCGCGGCAUGGACUCCGAGCUUCCUGUACAUAAUGGGCAGUGCGUGCCCACCCACCGCCGUCUCACCAUCACGGCGAGUCCCUAUGGAAAGACAGAGUCUGUCCUUGUAUAUGAUGAAAAGCGCAGCCUCGUCGAGAAUUCGUCCAGCCCCCCCUCGAGCCCUGUCCCGGAGAUCCGCAUCACCUUCCCCGAAGAGGAGGAUGAGGGUGGCAAGCGCAAGUCGGGCCGCAUGGUGGUUGUGAGAAUCAGCGAUGCGGGCAGUGUGGGCUUGGAGCCCUGCAACGAGGAGCUGCCCCCAUACCAGUCGAGCGAUGCUGACCGAUUCCACUCUCUGGACCUCGAGCGCAUGGGGGGUCUGAAGGAGAAGGAGGAUCUGAAGAGAUGGUCCUAG